UUCACCUCCAUUUUUAGUUCACAUAGCUCACAAACCCUAAUCUCCCAAACCCUAACAAUGUCAGCUGCUCCAGCACCAGUGGCCCAACCAACCACCGAGUCCGUCCAAUGCUUCGGCCGCAAGAAAACCGCCGUCGCCGUCACUCACUGCAAGCGCGGCCGCGGCCUAAUCAAGAUCAACGGCUGUCCAAUCGAGCUCAUCCAGCCCGAAAUCCUCCGUUUUAAAGCCUACGAACCAAUCCUUCUCUUAGGACGACACCGUUUCGCAGGAGUGGACAUGAGGAUCCGCGUCAAAGGAGGAGGAAACACGUCGCAGAUCUACGCCAUCAGACAAAGCAUCGCUAAAGCUCUCGUCGCAUUUUAUCAGAAGUUUGUGGAUGAGCAGAGCAAGAAGGAGAUUAAAGAUAUUUUGAUGAGGUAUGAUCGGACUCUGCUCGUGGCGGAUCCCAGGCGUUGUGAGCCGAAGAAGUUUGGUGGUCGUGGUGCUCGUUCUAGAUUCCAGAAGAGUUACCGUUGAUUUUCAGGAGUAUGUGGUGACUAUGUUGUUGAGGGUAUUUUGGUAAAUGUUGCUUAAUUUUGCUCGGAUAAUAUUAGUGUUUGUUUUUUACAGUUGAUUUACAUUGCAAUGAAUCACAUGUUUGCCUC